AUGCCUAACGCGUCCUCGCCGCCCUCACCGGUUUCUUCGGGCAAGAAGAGAUCGCAUCCUUCAGAUACCUCGCCGAAUCUCGACGCGACAAAUCCCGCAAACCCCUCCACCUCGACGGUGCCUUCUACCUCCCCCGCCGUCACCUCCUCGGCCUCGUCCUCAUUCCGCAAUGUCUCCGCCUGUAAUCGAUGUCGCCUGCGCAAGAACCGCUGUGACCAGCGCCUCCCGCGCUGCCAGUCCUGCGAGAAGGCCGGUGUGCGCUGUGUUGGAUAUGACCCGAUUACGAAGCGGGAGAUCCCACGCAGCUACGUCUACUUUUUGGAGACUCGGGUAGCACAUCUUGAAAAACAGCUGGCGGAUAAUAAUAUUGAUUUUAAGAAAGUCGUUGCUUUCGACGAAGAGGAAGCUAUCAAGGCGGAAGCUGAUGGGGACUCUGGGCUGUCUCAAUUUGGCUCCGAUGGCCAGGCUGGGAAAACGUCUGCCGUGGAAAAAGCACGGAAAAAUGCACCAAAAGACGACGGUGAUCGCUCGGACCAGAGAGAUGGAGAUGUAAAUCGCGAUACGGACGGCGACCCUCAGAACGAGCAUAAUUGGCGCCUGCAUAAUUUGGUCUCGAAUAUCGGCAUGGUCUCUGUGCAGGGGACCUCCGAUCCCCGAUAUCUGGGAUCGACAUCCGGCAUAUCGUUCGCUCGUGUUGUCUUCGCCGCGGUCAGGAGCUCCCUCCCGGGUAACAUGCCAGAGCGCGCGCCGUUACGCACAAGUGACAGGUUGCCUCAAAGCGCUGCUGCUGGUACGGGAGGCAGCAUGCGUGAUUCAUUCUUCGGGCUGCAGACGAGACCCAUGAUGAAACGCGCAGAUUUCCCUGACCGCGAGCUGGCCGAGCGGCUAGUCGAUCUUUACUUUGAACAUGCGAAUCCCCAAAUGCCGAUUCUCCACCGUGGAGAUUUCAUGGAGCUGCUGGACAGGACAUAUCAGCUGGAAGAGAAGAACCGCUCCCCUCGUGCACAAUACGUGCUUAAUAUUGUAUUCGCCAUUGGUGCUGGAAUCAUUUUUGACGAUAAACCCCAGAGUUCGGACGAUGAGAACCGCGCAAAUCUGAACAGAGCUUCAUCUACGUCCAAGAGACAGAGACUCUCGAGUCAUCAGUAUCAGCCAGAGGAGUACCAUGCCUCGGCAAUUGUACACCUGGAAUCGUUCCUCGGCUCGUCUUCUAGUGAGGGCUUUGGUGGAUUGGAAGAGCUGCAGGCAGUGCUUCUUCUGGCUAGUUUCGCACUCUUGCGACCCGUUGCGCCGGGUCUUUGGUAUAUCGUCGGUGUUGCUAUGCGCUUAGCUGUAGACCUUGGACUACACUACGAGGAUGGGACGGGGAUUGAUUCCGCAACCAAAGACGGUGCCCAAGCCCAGUCGCGCAUUGAUCCUCGUGAAAGAGGACGUCGAGAAUGGGUGCGUGACCUGCGCCGCCGCCUAUGGUGGUGUGUCUACAGUUUUGAUCGUCUCGUUGCAACUUGUGUUGGGCGACCAUUCGGUAUCAGUGAUCAGGCUAUCAGCACUGACUUGCCGUCCAUGAUGGACGACAAAUAUAUCACCAAAUCCGGUCUUCUGACUCCACCGGACGGAGCGCCAACCUACAAGCAUGUCGCAUGCCACUACUUCAAACUCCGUCUUCUUCAAUCCGAAAUUCACGAUGUUCUUCAAUACCAACAAGCGCGUGCUGUGCGGAGAAGGGCCUCCAGCGCAGCCAUCCUCCCUCAUGCUGAACUUACCUCUCCAUUCUUGCAAGGCUUUGAUUCCUUCCGCUCGUGGCGUCAUGAUGUACACCAUCGAUUGGUGGAGUGGCAAGAAACUGCCCCCACACGCCCAGAUACUGGCGUCAGAUUCUCCAUUGAAUUGCUUGAGCUCAACUAUUGGCAAGCUAUCAUCUUGCUGUACCAGCAGAGCUUGACGGUACCUGCUGAGCUGGCUGGAGAGCUUACUCCUGCCGAUGACGUCUCCAGUCCGUCCUUCUCCAACCCGGAUGAAGGUGAUGAGGAAGAUCAUGUCUAUCUUAAUGUGGCUGAAGCUGGCCAGAAGGUCAUUCGCAUCUAUCGCCAGCUGCAUAGAGUACGACUGGUCAACUACACGUAUCUUGCUACUCAUCAUAUUUUCAUGGCUGGAAUUUCGUUCUUAUAUGCCAUCUGGCAUUCACCUUUAGUUCGAAGCCGCCUGACUCUCGAUGAGGUGGACUUCACCGUUCUCGCUGCGACCUCUGUUCUGGGUGAUUUGAUGCAUAAAUGUCCACCUGCCGAGGCCUGCCGGGACGCGUUUGAGCGGAUGAGCAAAGCCACCGUCCAAAUGUGUCUAUCGACAACCGGCUUCGGAUCUCAAGUCGACAUGAGCCGUAUCAACAAAUCAAAUGCCCAUAACAACCUACACCCCGGUCGAAAUCGCCAGCAGAUGGACUCGCGACACAGAACAGGCCAAGGUCAAUCCCGGCGCGGAACACAAGCACGCUCCUCCCGCCCAGUUCCAAAAUUCGACAUGAACUUGGCCGACCUCUUCAACGAUAACAACCCCUUAGCAGACCGCUCUCGGCCAGACAACAGACCCGGGGGUGCUUCUUAUCCCCAGCAAGAAUCCCUUGGUCGCAACUUCGCGGCGGAGAGGUCGUAUGGACCUCGUCAGUCGUCUAUGGAUUAUUAUCCCAAAUACGAAAACCCACCAUCCCCUCAACAUCACCAACAAUUCUUCUACUCGAACUCGCCGCAAGAUGGCUCACCCGGCAGUGUUCCAAAUAGCGCGUCCCAUGCAGAGCCAGAAGCACAACCGCAGCAAGGACUCAGUCUUGAUUUCCUGGACUUUGGAUCAGGUGAUGCCGAAGGCCAGGGGCAUAUGGAGGGCGAGGCUAAUACUGAGUACAAUGCCAUGCCUGUACCACCCCUGGGUCAUAAUCUCGGCCAGAAUGUUGGAAUUGAUCUGGGCUUUGGCAUGGCCAUGGACUUCCAACAUGAUUGGAGUGAAAAUCCCAACUAUGAUCUGUUGGAGGGUUAUUUCUUUGGUGGAUCGGGGGCUCCCCCUUCUGGAGGGGAUGCUUAG